AUGGCAUCGCACGGGGAAGACACGGGUACCUCAAAGUCUGGUGCUUCUAGGGAACAGGCGGAGCGGAAAACAGCCGCGGUGUCGUUUGGUUUCAGUAAAACAGUUAGCAAGUUUAAACAUUCUUUUGGCGACGCUGUGACCAAGAAAGAAGACAGAGAUUACUUGACUGGAAUUGAUAGAAAUGAAUUGCAAAGUUCAAAACCAUCAGAGAAGCCCAAAGAGCUUAUCAUCCCCCUGAUCCACAAGAACCGCUGGCACAGACCGGACCGACCGGACCAGAGCGAGGAGAGAGGAGGCAAAACACAAGCGACAACCCAAGAUAAUGACUCGGUGGAGUCUCAGGCAGUCAAAGAACUCAUUGAAGAAUCACGGAGGCAGCUUGAACAGUUUCAGAAUGGCCCCCAGUCACAAAGUAACCUGAACCUCUCCAUCCCCUUGUUGAUGCAAAACAAAGUACCGGAGGGUUUCGAGGAUGGAGACCACAUAAAGGUGGAUCUACGGCCUGAGUCUUCAACAGAGGCAGAUUAUGAGAGUGUUCCUGUUGAGGCUUAUGGACUCGCAAUGCUGAAGGGAAUGGGGUGGAAGAAAGGGGAAGGCAUAGGACGCACCUUCAAACAAGAUGUGAAGCCAAUUGAACAUGAGCUGCGUCCAAAAGGUUUGGGUCUUGGAGCAGAUCGUUCAGCGAUAAAGGACCUGGAGCCCACCAGAAAACAACGUCCCCCCAAGCCAGGCGAGGAGCGAGAGAAGGAGGAGGAACUAGUGAUGGGCCCUGGGGGCUGUGUGCUGGUGGAGUCAGGAGCACAUAAAGACCUGUAUGGCAAGAUUGAAGGCGUUGAUCCAGACAAUGCACGAGUUGUGGUGAAGCUGGCUAUUGGUGGCAAGUCUGUGACAAUCAGCCAGUACGCAGUUAAACUGGUUGGGUGCAAGGAAUACGACAAAUACAGCAAAGACCUCAGUCGCCUGAGUAAAGCUCACAAAGACAAGGAAAAGGAGAAAGAGAAGGAGAAAGAACGAGAGAAGGAGCGACAGCGGCGGGAAGAAAAAGAGAGGCGAAGUAAUGGCGACGAGGUGAAACACAAACCCUCAGAAAGAGAUGGAGAAAAAGAUGAGAGGAAGAGGAAACACAGAGAAUCAAGUCAAGACAGAGAGAAGCCUCCAGUGAAAGAAGCAAGGCGGCCACCAGCUCCCCCCUCCUGGCUCCAGAGAGACUUGAAAGUUCGUUUUAUUGACAAAGCUUUCAAAGGGGGAAGGUACUACAACUCAAAGAUGCGUGUGGAGGAUGUCCUGACACCAAUUACCUGUGUGUGUCGAACUGAAGAGGGAAGACUUUUGGACGAUGUGAAGCAGGACAUGCUGGAAACCAUUGUCCCAAAAAGUGAAUAUGAUUCUGUAAUGGUUGUACUGGGUGAACACAGGGGUCAGGUCGGCCGGAUUCUCCAGCGGGACAAGAACAAGUGCAGAGCGAUGGUUCAGCUCGACCGAUAUGAGGAGAAAGUGUUCACACUGGAAUAUGACUCGAUUUGUCACUAUGUAGGAGCAGCAGACCACUGAUCGACAUAUUUCUGAUUUUCAUUCAGAUAUUGCCAGUCCUUUUUCAUCUGACCCUAAAUGUUGUUUUUGUUAUAAUAUUAAGAAAAUAAUGAAAUUAAAAUUUUAGUACAUUGCAAUUUUAUAAUAAAAUGUUGUCAACAAAAGUUGAGUCAU